AUGCAAAUUUUUAUCAAAACCCUUACAGGGAAAACCAUCACAUUCAAGGCUGAACCCUCAAAUACUAUAGAAAACGUAAAGGCCAAGAUCCAGGAUAAGAAGGAAUUCCUCCUGAUCUUUGCUGGUAAGCAGCUGGAAGAUGGAUGUACUUUAUUCGAUUACAACAUUCAAAAGGAGUCCACUCUUCAUCUAGUAUUGAGACUUCAGGGUGGUGCUAAGAAAAGGAAGAAGUGUUACACCACUCCCAAGAAGAACAAGCAUAAGAGAAAGAAGGUUAAAUUGGCUGUCCCAAAAUACUAUAAGGUGGAUGAAAAUGGCAAAAUUAGUCAUCUUCGUCAAGAGUGCCUUUCAGAUGAAUGCGGUGCUGGAGUUUAAUGGCUAG